AUGGACUACCUUGAAAUUCGCGAUUCAAAUCUCUCACACGAGAAUGGCAACCCCUAUGUAUCGUCUCGUGGGAUGCAAGGUCUUGUCAUGAGCGUGGUUUUUACCUCGCUGGCGGCGUCUUUUGUGGUGGUCCGUCUCUACACUCGGAUCAAGUUUUUACGACGCCUAGAAGCGAAUGACUGGAUGAUUGUUGUCGCACUGGUCAAUUCAUUCAUCUUCAUGGGUCUGGACAUUGUCGAGGCUACAAGCGGAAUGGGGAUGCAUCUUGCAGACAUACCACCAGAAAUCCUUGAAAGACAGAUGAAGGCAUUUUGGCUCACGAUACCAUUCUAUAAUGCAGCCGUACUAUGCGCAAAGGCGUCUAUCCUGAUGCAGUAUUUCCGUGUCUUUCCAACACGACGCAUGCGCAUCGUCUGCUGGGUAUUGAUCUCCAUGUUAGCCAUCUAUGGUACCUGGUGCAUCAUCAGUGCUUUUUUAACUUGCAUCCCUGUCGCCAAGUUCUGGAACCCUACCCUCCCAGGGUACUGCCUGAGUCGUCCGGGGCUGUGGUUUUCAAAUGCCAGCAUGCAUAUCACUACCGACCUCGCCAUCUUGAUCAUUCCAAUUCCGGCAUUGAUUGCAAUUGAUAUACCCAAGAAGCAAAAAAAUUAUCCUUAUGAUCAUGUUCGCGCUUGGAGGAUUGUAAAUGACAACGUCGGCGCUGCUUCAUGGUCCGCCAUCGAAUGCAACACCGGAAUAAUCUGCGCCUGCCUCCCAACUCUCAAACCACUACUAUCCAAGAUCCUCCCCGGACUCGUGUCCACCUUCGCAGGCAGCAAGCCCACACGCACAAGUAUCGGUCCCAUCAAAAGAGCGCCGCCCACCUGGGCCGACGUUUCCACACUCGGAGCCCCCCACGAAGACCCAGAGUAUGCCUCCAGAGAUCCAGAGACGAUUGGCGGAACGCGCUUUUCAAUGCGGAGUGAUAUGCCGGGUAAUCGCGAAUCGUUGGCUGAGAAGGGCUAUCCGGCGGAUUCCGCCUAUCUUUCAGAAUUGAUAGAUCGUCCAGAUCAUCAUCGACAUCAAAACAGCGUCUCGACUUGCUCUUUUGUGUCGCGCGUAUAA